GGCGCAGCGAAGGCGGAGAAUGCUGUGGACUGGUGUUUCCCGGGUUGAGGUGAAGGCGCCUCAAGACUUCACGCUCAAGUGGGGGCUGUACAGGGCGAGCGGGGUGCCAGCCGGCUUCAACCCGCUGUCCUGGUAGCUGAGGUGACCGGGGGCUCUCAGCCGCAUCGCUCCCUCUGUCUUGCGGCGCUCACUUUCGUGGCUGGUGGUUCGGAGUAAUUUGGCUAUAAUGGGCUGUAGGCAGCGGAGCACAGUUUAAAUCUCAGGACACUGGUCCGUUGCACAGGAACUAUUCUUCGUUGUCACUGCAGAGUGGUUCAUGUAUUUAUGGACCAGAACAUGGGAUGAACUUUUAUUUUUAAAAAGACAUUGUCAGUAGUCCUGAUCCAGUUUUCAAGCGGCGUUGACGAGUAUGCUGUACCUGUUUUUCGUCAUUCUGAAAGUUUAUUCAAGCACAGUUUCUACUUGAAAAUUCAAAUACUAGAGAAUAUUAGGAAGUGGCCUAAUGACAUACUCUAUUGAAGGACUACAGAUUUCACAGAGACUGCAUUUGAAUCUCAGUUACUCUCCAAUUAAUGUGGUUUUGAUUAACCUAAUUUUGAAGAAUUUUGUAUAAGCAACACCAAAAGAUGGAAGAAAAAAUUGGUGAUGCAAAGACUUUCUGGAUGGAGCUACAAGAUGAUGGGAAAGUUGACUUUAUGUUUGAGAAAGCACAAGAUGUCCUACAUUCACUGAAACAGAAGAUAAAAGAUGGGUCUGCCACAAAUGGAGACUAUGUCCAAGCAAUGGUUCUGGUAAAAGCGACUCUGAGUAACAGUCAGACACUGGAAAAAGAUCAUACACCUGUGACUCAGAAUGAACAGAAAAACAAAUCAAAUGCGUUUCCCUCUACAUCAUGUGAAAACCCCUCCCCUGAGGACUGUAUCAUUCUAUCUACAGGAAGAAAAGGAUUCCUCCCUGUGAACAAUAAAACUGAAGGUUCGGGGGAGAAGGAGCCCCCUUUGCAUGCAUCUUUCCAUCGCCAUGUGUGCUCCAGUGCUUGUCUGAGGGAAGCACCACUGUCCUUGAAGGGAGAAAACCCUCUGCAGCUGCCACUCAGAUGUCACUUCCAAAGACGACACGCAAAGACAAACUCUCACUCCGCUGCCCUCCAUGUGAACUAUAGAACGCCCUGCGGACGGAGUCUACGAAACAUGGAGGAAGUGUUCCAUUACCUGCUUGAAACGGAGUGUAACUUUUUAUUCACAGACAACUUUUCUUUUAAUACUUAUGUUCAGUUGACUCGGAAUCACCCAAAGCAAAAUGAAGUUGUUUCUGAUGUGGAUAUUAGUAAUGGAGUGGAAUCAGUGUCGAUUUCUUUCUGUAAUGAGGUUGACAAUAGUAAACUUCCACAGUUUAAGUAUAGGACGACAGUAUGGCCCCGAGCAUAUCAUCUGAACGUUUCCAGCAUGUUUUCUGAUUCAUGUGACUGUUCUGAGGGCUGCAUAGACAUAAAAAAGUGUGCAUGUCUUCAGUUGACAGCAAAGAAUGCCAAAGCAUGUCCCUUGUCACCUGACGGAGAAUGUACUGGAUAUAAAUAUAAAAGACUGCAGAGACUCAUACCUUCUGGCAUUUAUGAAUGCAACCUGUUCUGCAAGUGUAACCGACAGAUGUGUCCAAACCUCGUCAUCCAGCAUGGCCCCCAGGUGAGGCUACAGGUGUUUAAAAGUGAGAAGAAGGGCUGGGGAGUGCGCUGCCUGGAUGACAUUGACAAAGGGACAUUUGUGUGCAUUUAUUCAGGAAGGUUACUGAGCAGAGCCACUCCUGAGAAAACUAACAUUGGUGAAAGUGAAAGUGAGCAGCAGCACAUCGUGAAAAAUUCAUUCUCUAAAAAGAGGAAAAUAGAAGUUGUAUGUUCAGAUCGUCAAACACACUGUGAAAGUCCUAAAACUGACGGAUGUCCUCCUAAGUUUAGCAGUGAUCUCGAAGAGCCCGUUGUGGAAAUGAACAAUAGAAAUAUUUCAAGAACUCAGCGUCAUUCAGUCAUUAGAAGACCUAAAUCCCAGACAGAUGUUUUUCAUUACAAUGAGAAAAACAUGGGAUUCGUUUGCUCAGAUUCUGCUGCCCCAGAAGAGCAGAAUGGAUUUAAACCAGCUCAAGAACACCUGAACUCUAAAGCUAGGAGAGCUCACGAGGACUUAAGGUCAAGCCAAGUUGGAUAUUCUGAAGACAAGCAGCUGACUGAAUCAGAUGUGAUAGAUACAACUACCCGUAGAGAAGACACUUCCCCAGCAUACGGGUGUAAGCACGCAGCCAUAUUGAAUAGUAAGAACACUAAAAAAGUGCUUGAAGUCCCCGUAAAAACGUCCCGAGAGGAAGAGCCUGCAGCCUCUCAGAGCCAGCAGGUCUUGUGCAGGGAGGAGCUGCCAAGUGAAAGGACAAAGACUCCAUCUGCUUCCCUGGUGCAGCUCAGCAAGGAGAGUCUGUUUCUAUUGGAUGCUUCAAAGGAAGGAAAUGUGGGCCGUUUCCUUAAUCACAGUUGCUACCCAAAUCUCUGGGUGCAGAACGUGUUUGUAGAAACCCAUGACAGGAAUUUCCCAUUGGCGGCCUUCUUCACCAACAGGUAUGUGAAAGCAAGAACAGAACUAACAUGGGAUUAUGGUUAUGAAGCUGGGACCAUGCCUGAAAAGGAAAUCCUCUGCCAAUGUGGGUUUACUAAGUGUCGGAAAAAAAUAAUAUAACUCUUAUAUCUGAUAGUCAUUUAUGAAGUGAGCUGAUCAGUGUGGAGUUACAUCAGUUGUCAAUGAGAUAAUGGCUAAUGCUUCUGUUUCGCUUGUUCAGGGUAUUGAUGUUUUAUGAUGUUUAAUGUCUUAGGUGAGAAACAAAAUGAGGACACUCGUAUGCACCAAGUAUCACGUGUUAUUACAUUUAUUUGACUUUACCCGUAAAUAAUAUAUUUUAUGUACCUUCCACUGUAUAAUUUAUAACUUUUGUAUUUUAUAUACUAAUGUAAAAUUACAAUAGAAUUUGUACGUUUCUAAA